GCAAGUCAGACCUUUGCAGAGCCCUUUGUGGCCAAUGGCAAGUGUCCAGCGCGCUGUGAUGUCUCCAAGUGCCCGAGCCCCAGCUGCCCAAGUGGCUACGUCCCUGAUCACUGCAACUGCUGCCUUAUCUGCGCUGCGGGAGAAGGCGAUUCCUGUGGCCGCAAGGAAGACCCACCCUGCGGGGAGAGCCUGGACUGCAAGCACCCCAUGGGCAAGCGUUUUGGCAAAGGGGUUUGCCAGUGCAAGCUCAGCUACCGGGUGUGUGGAAGCGAUGGCAGAACCUACGACAACGUGUGUCAGCUGAAGGUGGUGAGCCGUAAGGCUCUGCAGCAGGGGUUGCCAGCUGUCAUCCAGAUCCAGAAAGGCACCUGUGAAUCGGGUCACCAACAGCCCAACAGCCCAAGAUACAAGUUCAACUUCAUUGCAGAUGUGGUGGAAAAGAUUGCACCCGCAGUCGUACACAUUGAACUUUUCCUGAGACAUCCUCUCUUUGGCCGAAAUGUCCCCUUGUCCAGUGGAUCUGGGUUUAUUAUGUCAGACUCAGGUUUAAUUGUAACCAAUGCCCAUGUGGUGUCAAGCAGCAAUGCUAUAUCAGGGCGACAACAGUUAAAAGUGCAGCUACAGACUGGAGAUUCCUAUGAAGCAACAAUCAAGGACAUUGACAAGAGGUCUGAUAUUGCAACAAUAAGGAUUCAUCCUAAAAAAAAACUACCUGUAUUAUUACUGGGCCACUCUGCAGAUCUGAGGCCUGGGGAGUUUGUUGUGGCUAUUGGGAGCCCUUUUGCCUUGCAGAACACUGUGACAACAGGUAUCGUCAGCACUGCUCAGCGCGAUGGAAAGGAGCUAGGCCUGAGGGACUCGGAUAUGGAUUACAUUCAGACAGAUGCCAUUAUCAAUUAUGGAAACUCAGGAGGACCUCUAGUUAAUUUGGAUGGUGAAGUGAUUGGAAUAAACACUUUGAAGGUUACUGCUGGGAUUUCCUUUGCUAUUCCUUCUGACCGCAUCUCUCAGUUCCUCACAGAAUCACAAGACAAACAAAAUAAAGAUGGGAAAAAACGCUUCAUUGGCAUAAGGAUGCUGACAAUAACACCCAAUCUUGUGGAAGAACUAAAACUCAAUAAUCCUGAUUUUCCUGAUGUCAGCAGUGGAAUUUAUGUACAUGAAGUUGUUCCAAAUUCACCUUCUCAGAGAGGUGGUAUCAAAGAUGGAGACAUCAUUGUCAAAGUAAAUGGACGUCCUUUGAUGACCUCAAGUGACCUGCAAGAGGCUGUGAUGAAUGAGUCACCUCUACUACUUGAAGUUCGAAGGGGAAAUGAUGACCUGCUGUUUAAUAUAGCGCCGGAAGUUGUCAUGUAAAUCAAACUGAGGAAACACACACCAUAACUAAACUCACGUAUUCUGAAACAUCAGAUACCUCUUUUACAGAUGCAGUAAUUACACUUCCUGUUGACUAAUGACAAGGUGGACUAACUUGAUUGCCUGAACCAUAUCCAUACACUGUAGCUCAAUUUAAUUAGGUUACACAAUGAAAACAAAUGUAAUUGUGUUAAAAUAUAUUUUGAGGAUAACAAUAAACAACCCCACAAUUUGGGUAAGUUGGGCACAUUAUUCAUAUCUGUGCAAUAUCCAGGGCCUCAAGCACCAGUACUUUCGGCCUAUCUAUUGUCUGCCUGUGCCACAUAACAGGCCUUUGACUGACAUGCUUUAGUCUAACUUUGGUUGUUGGCUUUAAUGCAUGGAUUCUGUGUCGUGUAGACGGCCUGUGAUGUACAGGAGUUCAGACUAGAAAUCACAGUCUCUCUGGUCUUAAACUCUAUGACUCUUUCUGAGCUGUCAUUAUAGAAAUGGGCUCCAAUCCAAAUCUCUUUAAAUUUAAUGGCAAGGCCAGUUUUAUAAUUUAAAAAUCCAUAAUUCCAUCUGCAGGGAGGAAACCCGGCUAAAAAUGGGAAAUUACCAUUGGAUGAUUAUAAGCAGGACUUUGACACAGCAGAAUUAAGCUACUUUGACCAAAAGCUCAGCUUUUGUUUGUUUGUUUGUUUGUUUGGCCUCUUUGAGUGUGAAAUUAGCCUUGGCCUUAUUUGUUUUCGGAGCUUGUAAAUUACAUGUGAAUGCAGAUGGAGAAAUUUUGUAAAAAUAGUAUGAAAGUGGUAAUAGGUAUAGAGUGUUACACCUAGGUCAUGCAAUUCUGGAAUAUUGUAAGUGAUUCUUAUAGAAUUAAUGCUUAAAUAUAUAAAAAUCGAAACAAUGUGCAGAAAAAAAAUUUAAAGUGCACAGUAUUUUUGCAGGUUUUUUUAAAGUCAUAGUACAAAUUAGUUUUUCAUUAUCCCGGUAUGCUUUGCUAAAAAAUUGAUAUACUACAUAUGCUUGUAUUGUAUAUGUUUCUACUGUAUGGAAAUUGAAGUUUACACAAAUAAAAUUUUGCUUUUCA